AUGCUUUUUGCAGCUGGGUUCGGAGCGUAUGACAGCGACUGGAGCAAGGUUGAACGACGUUUCGGAAAGAGAAUAUAUAUUGACAGAGAAAAAGUCCGUGAGAGUCGGCCCCAAAAUCCAGCGUCUAAGGGCCCAUCCUUCAACACCAAAAGUUCUCAGCCAAUAACUCUUAUUUUACAAGACAUGUCCAGCGGCACCGGAAUCAUGACUCUGCCAGCCAUGGCCUGCAGCGCUGAACACCAUCACUUAGAAGACCGUCCUGCCGGCUCCACUACCGUAUCGCUACCAACGACGGCAUCGGUCUCUGCAAAGCUUGAGGCGCACUCGCCGCCCAAGAUCAAGCCCGAAGCAAGCGCAACACCAGUAGCUUUGACACCAGCAUCAUCCUCUACCCCAUCAGGCUCGAUUUCCUGUCGCAGAGCGAGAAAUUUUUGGUCUGUGCACGAGGACACUGUGUUGGUAUCUAUCAUUAUCGACAACACAACGUUCCUGAGAGGGCCAGCUAACACUAGACCGCGCAGUCGAUUCUGGCUCCAUAUCAGCUUCGAACUGAAAGUCAGACAUGGUCUGAGUCGUAACAAGCGCCAAUGUCGUGAUCGCUUCAACCUUCUGUUUUGGAAGGCUGUCCGAGACCACAGAUCUAAUCGCAAGGACCUAAAGAAACUAGAUUCUCUGCUGGCACAGUGCUUAACGCUACUAUACAUUGACAAAAACAAUGUUAUCAUGCUUAAGGAAAACAGAACGUCGCAUGGCCUAGUGGGGGGCACGGCUACGAAUUCAGCAACCUCACCUCUGGCGCAAAUUGCCAACGAAGAAACAGGCCUGCAUAGCCCAGCGCGCUCUGAGUUGAGUCCCACAAUGUCAUCCUACAGUUCCACGAGCGAGAGCCACGAUUCAAACUACGAAACGCUCGCGGAGAUGGCUUCCGCACUUAAACAACAGGUUAACACAUUGACUCAACGAGUCGAGGAUCUAUGCGGUGUCAUAGCAAUGGAGAGGUCGAGGAUCGACUUCCUAGUAUCCUCGAGAUCCACAAGGCUUGAUACUCCAACUACGAUAUAUCAACAGCCGAUGAGACUUUCGCAGGACCCAAUAUUCCUUAAUGACAGCACAAAUUCGUUACAGUGCGGGAUCAGUAACGGCUACGUUACAACAUCUCAAUAUAUGGCAGGUCCCUCUUUUUCAGACAACAACAAUAACACCUGUUGA